AUGGACAAUCUGAACACCAUGGAGGAAUCGCUAAACAGCACCAUCGAUCCGGCUUGUUUACAGGAGCCUCCACUAGCCUUUGACGUGAUAAAGCGUAAGUGAGCCACGGCAAAACAUCCUGCUUGCUGAUAACACUUUACCGCACCAAUCUGACAAAUUAACAACUAACUCAUGUGGUUUGUUGAGAAUCUUGAAUGUAAUAUUUUGAAUUUAUUAAUUCAUCAUUUAAUCAGUCAGGCUCACUCAGGUUGUUAAUCUCUCUUAAGAAAACAUGAAAAAUUUAAUAAACGGCAACACAACUUCACAAUAAAUUAUGAACUGAUAAAAAUAUGUCUAACCAUGAAAGACAUGGCAUAAAGCAGUUUUAAUUCUAGAGUUUGCUGCAGUUUAUAACCUGGGGUUAAAUGUUAAACUCUGACAAACUGGAUUCAGUGGUGCAAGUAAUAAUGGGGCGGCAAUGCAAUACAGACAUAAAAGCUGACAGAGCUUUGACAAGGACAGGAAAUUUAAUUGUGCAAAUGAGCGGCAACUUGAUUUUUUAUUUGUCUAUCAAAUCACUUUCAAUGUAUUAUAUUGCAUGGUGGCCUACUGUUUAGCCGGGUUUGUGAGUAGUUUUCUGGGCUCAUAAACGAUAAUGUGGAUGCCAUUAAAAAUGCUGAUGGCAGAGGUCCAUUGACAUGCUCUAGGCUCUGGUUUGGGUCAAAUCUGUGGGUAUCAAAUAUCAAAUAUCAAAUUGACAUACUAAAGUUGUUAUGGGCUAAGUACAGCCCCGCUGUGAUAUCCCCCUUGAGAAGCAAAACAGACGUUUGCAGGGACAGAAGAAUCAACAGUAUUGAACUAUGUUGUCAAUAGUAAAUCAAUAUUAAAACCAAACUGUAAAGAGAUGCCUCUUUUGGUGAAUUUUUACCAGAGUAAAUUCCAUAAUGUGCUGUUACAUGGAGUGUCUCAAACUUACCAUUAAAUAAAACUUCUGCCCCUUUCUGCUCUCUUUGACAUCAGAGAUGGAUGCGUUUGAAUUCUGCCUGUACGCCAUGCUCACCCUCAUGUCCUGUAUUUCUCUGGUGCUGUAUCUGGAGCAGUGUGUCUUCAUUUACAAACACUUACCCUACCCCAAGAAGACCACCAUCAUGUGGGUGAAUGGUGCAGCACCAGUGAGUAUUUAUGUCUGGUUUUUAAUUAAUGCUAAUUCUUAAAUUCCUACAGUUAUAAUGAUUGUUAAUAGUCUAAAGCUCAUAGGAGGAAAAAAUUAAUGAAAACGAUCCUGUUUUAUUUAGACUCAGAUUUGUUUUUGAAUGCUAUUAAAAAAUCAAAUGUAUUCAUCUUCAGUGAACGUCUCUCUGGCUUGCAGGUCAUUGCCACCAUGUCUUGUUUUGGGCUGUGGAUCCCAAGGGCAGUCAUGAUCACUGACAUGACAUCUAACUGGUAUGUUGUUUCUCAGUUAAACCGUGCCAUUAUUGAGCAAGCAAAAUAAAAUCAGUUUAUCAAGGCAGUCAAGACCACAAUGGAUCUAUUCUUAGAUGUAAAAAAAACCUAACUUUUUACUGGUGUUCUCACUUGCAUCAUCUUCCUAUACUUACAUUAACCAGCCUACCACUGCUCUUUGUUUCCUGUUAUCUAAAAGCUUCGACCAGUAGCUGUGUCCUCUUUCAUAUCAAAUUCAUCAUCUCUGUUAUCUAAGUGUCAAGGUUCUCACAACCUAUCUUUAUCAUUUAUCUCUCCUUUUACUAUACAAUACAGUACAAAACAAUACAAUAGCUUUAUUGAUCCCCAAAGGGAAAUUCAUUAUAGCAUUUUGAGAAUCAACAAAUUUAGCUUUAAAACAACCAGGCCGUCAUCAUAAGUACACCUACGCUGAGUGAAAUCCGUUUAAAGGACGACCACAUAAAACAGAGUUUUGUGGCCUUGAACGUCCCCAUAAAGCAGGAGCGUGAUGUUCCUAAAAGGCUUUUACAGGAUUUGGCCAUGUAUGGUAAUAAAUUUUAUGCGUUUUCUGGUUUAUGGGAUUUCUGCCCAGCAUAUACAGAGCCGCACAUUUAACAAGGUCAAAAUCCAUUAACCAUCGACCAGUUCGCUUUGAUAAGCCCCCUUGCGUCAAGAGUCGCGUGUUUAAAUCUGAUUUAAAAAACAAACAAAUAAAACUGUAGUUUGUCCUUUUUGUUAUAAAAGCUCAGUUUUUAUACAACAUACUGAGUAUUAAUACACUAACAUGAUGACUUCUUUGUCUGUGUGUAGUUAUUUUGCAGUCGUGGUGUAUAAAGUGUUGGUUCUGAUGAUCGAGGAGUUAGGGGGAACCCAUAAGUACCUGGAGCUGUUUUCUGGUAAAACCGUAAGGAUCAACACAGGACCCUGCUGCUGCUGCUGCCCCUGUUUACCCCGAGUGCCCAUGACACGGUAUUUAUCCCAAAUAAUUGAAGGGCAUGCUGGGUGUUGCUGCCCUGAUCCCAAUGAUCAGACUGUGCCCUUUAUUGCUUAUAAAUUCAGAUUUUUCUAUUAAUUUAAUCCCACUCUUAUGCAUAUAUAUAUAUAUAUAUAUGCAUACAUUCUUUUAAUUGCUUAUUGUCUUUAUAAAGUGGACUUUGCUAAUGUGGUCUUUUCUUGCUCCUAAUCUUUCAGGCGAUUGUUAUUCUGGCUGAAGAUAGGUGCUCUUCAAUAUGCCAUCUUAAAGACAGUGCUCUCAGUCGUCUCUGUGGUAUUGUGGACAAAUGGAAACUUCGAUCUCUCUGAUGUAAACAGUUUUUGUCAUUCAAACUAUUUUUUGCAGUUUAAACAAAGUCCAUAGAUUGUUCCAAAUAUCUGCUUAUAUCUGCAUCUCUACCCAACAUAUCUGAUUGUACUGAAUAUUAACAUAACAUGACUUGGAAAAUGAAUUUCUGCUUGAUUUUCAGCUCGAGAUCACUGGUACAGCCAUCUGGAUUAACCCAUUCAUUGGCGUCCUCACCAUCACUUCCCUCUGGCCUGUUGCCAUCGUCUUCAUGAACUCUAACAGCUAUUUACGCGGCCUCAACAUAGUACCCAAGUAUGCCAUGUAUCAAGUAAGUUAACACAACCAUGUGUGCUUUAUUGAAGUCAGAUCCAAACAUAAGAUUGAAAAUCAUGAAUUUUGCUUUAUUUCUUGACUUAACAAUAACAAAGUCCUCAUUUUAAGUCCUACUUAUACUUUAAAUUUAAUCCAAAUCUUGAAGAUCAUGAAGAUACGUCAACUAAACUGCAGAAGCCUUUCAUAUGUCACUACGUGUUUACUGUAAAUACAGAGCAUAACUUCAUCUUCUUUUUCACCUCAGUUAGUGCUUGUAUUGAGUCAGCUGCAGACAUCAAUCAUUAACAUCCUGGCACUGGAUGGAACCAUCGCCUGUGCUCCUCCUUUCUCCUCACAAGCUCGUGGAUCAUGUAAGAAAACAUUUCUUGAAAGUCCACCUGCAUCAGCCUGUGAUAUCUGAGGUAAAAUAAUCAUCUGAAACCCUGAUUCUCGUUCCCUUUGUCCUGCAGUGCUGAGUCAACAGAUGAUGAUCAUGGAGAUGUUCAUAAUCACCCUAGUAUGUAGGUUUUUGUACCGACGCACGUACGAUAAACUCCUUCCUGAAGAGCACGACAACAACGUUAACGCUGAAGUUGCUCUGACUCAGGCUGCUCUGGUGGAGCAUGAUGUCUAA